AUGACUUGCAAUGAAUAUCUUUUUAAAGAUUUGAGCCCUACUAAAGUUACAAAAUUUAGAAUCGACCAUGGUGGUUAUAUUCCAGCAAAAGGAAUGGGAACCAUUAAAUUUGAAACACAAUCAGGAACUAAAACAAUUUCUGAUGUUCUUUAUGUGCCCGAUUUGGACCAGAACUUGUUAAGUGUUGAAGAACGUGGAUUUCACGAGUUAUGUGUGGAGCCACCUCUGCUAAAAGAAGACAUUCCCCCUGAUGAUGAAGGCUGGCUUUGUCCUAGUUUUGAUUGCAAAGUUGACUGCAUUGACUUACUUAAUGAUCUUCAGGGAACAGACCUUUCCGUCACUGACAGCUGGGAGAAAGUAUAUCCCAAGGAAGAUGCUGCUACUUUAUCUGAAGAGAUGGCAGAAACCCCUCCUAAAGAUGAUGGGAUCUUGGAGCUUUCCUCUGAAGACUCAGAAGAUGAUGACUUUAAUCCUGAUAAUCCAGAUAAGGAUGAGUCUGUUAAAACAGAAAGUUCAAGUUCUGAUUUUACGUCCUACUCUGAGGAUUUUACUUUGAUAGUUGAUACUGAAUUCAACCGGAGACUUGAUGAGUGGGUUAAACUUGAACAUCUUGAUCUUAAUUCGGUAUAUACUAUUGUGGAUGAGAAGGUCGAGGAUAAGGUGAUAAGUUUUAAAAUUUCAUGCCACCAGAAACAUAAAAUUGGUGAGAUUCGUGUCGAGGACCAUGAGGAGCUUGAUGCAGCCAGUUUACGAGAGCACAAAGAGUUCACAAAAGUCAAGAACAUUGCUACAAUAGAAUUUGGAAUAUAUGAGAUUGAAACAUGGUACUUCUCGCCAUUUCCUCCAGAAUACAAUAAUUGCUCGAAACUGUUCUUUUGCGAGUUUUGUCUCAAUUUUAUGAAAAGCAAAGAGCAACUUCAGAGGCACAUGAGGAAAUGUGAUCUUAAGCACCCUCCAGGUGAAGAGAUCUGUAGAAGUGGUACACUGUCAGUGUUUGAGGUUGAUGGCAAAAAGAACAAGGUUUAUGGGCAAAAUAUAUGCUACUGGGCAAAAUUAUUUCUUGAUCAUAAGACUCUAUAUUAUGAUGUUAACCUGUUCCUCGUUUAUGUGCUUCGUGAAUGUGAUGACCGAGGUUGCCAUAUGGUUGGUUACUUUUCAAAGGAAAAGCAUUCAGAGGAGUCUUAUCACUUAGAUUGCAUUCUGACACUUCCACCUUAUCAAAGGAAAGGCUAUGGGAAAUUCCUAAUUGCAUUGCCAUAUGAACUUUCAAAGAAAGAAGAUAAAGUGGGCACACCAGAAAGACAACUUUCCGACUUAGGAAUGUUGAGCUAUAGGGGGUACUGGAUACAUGUGCUUCUGGAUUGUAACACCACAUACUUUCAAACUUGAACAGAAAUUGUUAUUUCUACUUGUACACAUUCCAAAAACCAUAAAUCUAUU